AUGACCCCUCCAAAGAAGAUGAGUUUGCAAGAUUUCCUUCAGGAUGAAACAUUUGGCGGAUCCUGGGCAGAUAUAGAUGUGGACAUGGCAUCAAUUUCGGUCCCAAUUGAGAAGCCCUAUGGAUAUGACGAAGGGUAUUCGGGAAGAGGAGGUGGUUUCCACCACGAACCCAGCUCAUUAGGGCCUCCGUAUAUUGUGAAGUUGGUCAACUUACCUGUCACUGCAAAUGACGCGUUCAUUCAGGAUUUAUUUCAAAGUAGAUUCACUCCCUUUGUUAAAUUCAAGAUUUUGACAGAUCCUGCAUCAAAUAUAUUGGAAACACAUGUUAUCAGACAGGUUGCGUUUGUUGAGUUGGAAUCAGCCCAGGAUGUGUCAAAGGCACUAAAAUGGCAUGACUUGUAUUACAAGGGAAACAGACGAGUGAUUGUUGAACUUGCGGACUUUAAUGAUUUCCACCACUGCAUUCAAUUCAAUCAGGAACAUCACCAGGAAAUCCAACAAAUCCAACAUGACUUUAUUGCUCAGAAGCAACAACAAAAGCAACCUAGACACAUGCAGUUACUAGAUGAAUUGGAUCUGGAUAAAGGAUUAGGACUUGGACCUGGACCUGGACCUGGACCUGGAUUCAAUCGUGGUUUCCGUCACCACCAGCCACCAGCACACUCGCGUCCAAUCUUUGAAGGAAGAACCGGUGGGGGUAUGCCUCUAUCACCCGAAAGACAUCAUGCACCUUUACAUAAUCGCCAACCCUCAUUUGAUACACAGUUUCCUGCACAUGAACCCUUUCACGGUCUUGCAAGUGGAAAUGCACCCCCACCACUUCAUCAACAAGAACCAAUGCAACAUAUGCCUAGCCAACCAAAUAAGCCUAAACCCAACCCAUUUGGAGGUGCAAAACCUGUUGACACUGUUUCGCGUCAACAGGAAAUCGAAAAGAAGUUGAUAAAUUUGAAUCAAACGACAGUACAAACACUUGGUGAUGAUACCAGUGUAGAUAUCGAAGCUGUCAUUAAAAAAUUCCAUGAAUCUGCAUCCCCGCAACAAAAGCGAACAGCACCAGCAGCACCAGCACCAGCAGCAGAACCAGCAGAACCAGCAGAACCAGCAGAACCAGCAGAACCAGCAGAACCAGCAGAACCAGCAGAACCAGCAGAACCAGCAGAACCAGCAGAACCAGCAGAACCAGCAGAACCAGCAGAACCAGCAGAACCAGCAGAACCAGCAGAACCAGCAGAACCAGCAGAACCAGCAGAACCAGCAGAACCAGCAGAACCAGCAGAACCAGCAGAACCAGCAGAACCAGCAGAACCAGCAGAACCAGCAGAACCAGCAGAACCAGCAGAACCAGCAGAACCAGCAGAACCAGCAGAACCAGCAGAACCAGCAGAACCAGCAGAACCAGCAGAACCAGCAGAACCAGCAGAACCAGCAGAACCAGCAGAACCAGCAGAACCAGCAGAACCAGCAGAACCAGCAGAACCAGCAGAACCAGCAGAACCAGCAGAACCAGCAGAACCAGCAGAACCAGCAGAACCAGCAGAACCAGCAGAACCAGCAGAACCAGCAGAACCAGCAGAACCAGCAGAACCAGCAGAACCAGCAGAACCAGCAGAACCAGCAGAACCAGCAGAACCAGCAGAACCAGCAGAACCAGCAGAACCAGCAGAACCAGCAGAACCAGCAGAACCAGCAGCACCAACAACAACAGAAUACUUUGUCGCGGGCUCACCAACAGGUGGUAAGAGUACUCCGCCCACCCCAACAGUCAAACCACCAGUAAUAUUGAAGAAGAAAACCUUAUCAUCUCCUCCAACUGUGAAGCUUGAGCUCAAUGUUAAUGAGCUUGCAGUUGAGGCGGAGACUUCAGCAGCUUUGUCGAACGAGAGCAAAUUAAAAGAACCAACGAGUGCGCCUUCUCAGCGCCAGCAACUGCAACAGGAGCAACCAGUUGCUAAUUCAAAAAGGCAGGACCAAGAAGAUAGACGCCUAGAUGGUAGUCGCAAAAGCUCACUUUCACAACGUCCAAUAGGGCAAAGACGCGAAUCAUCGAAUAAAGAUAGGCCCAACUUCAAGAAGCUAUUCGAAAGUCUCUCCCUUGAGGAUGAGGGCUCAAUACAACAGGGGUCUAUCGAAAACCAAUCAAAAUUGGACGGCGCAUCAAGAGGAGGGAGAGGUAGAGGUAGAGGAAGAGGUGGAGCAAGGGGAAGAGGAAGAGGAAGGGGUGGAUUUGGUGAAGGAUCUGGCGGCGAGCGCAGUGGAAGCCGAACCGACAAGAUUGCCAAUGGUUUUGAUCGCAAAGAUGUGGAAACAAAAGAACCUUUUGAUCAUUCACAUAACGUCGAAAUUGGGCUGAAUCUCACAAUUAAUAAUUCCUUGGAGUCAAUUCACGCCACCGAGAAUGACGUCCCAGAGAAAUUCAGAAAACAACCUCAUUCACAUAAACUGUUUGAAAAGAAUGACCUUGCAAACCCACAACACCGACAAUUUCAUCUGGCUUCAAUGCCAUCUGUUUCGUCUGGCCUCAGUAGUGAUGUUGCAGUUGGAAAGUUGAGACCAGUCUCUGCAAAUGCAACAACUACAUCUACCAGUACAAAUGUGAAUACGGUGAGUACUACUGGGGUAUCGUCAAACUCUAUCGAUGAUGCAGCAACUUCAAUCUCGAAUGCAUCGGAAGAGCCUAAAGCCUCUUCGUUACAAGCAAACGAAGAACAACCAGCAAAUGACCAAGAUUCUGGUGAUGAAGAAGACAAUCAAACUACUUCAUUUCCUACCAAAGGCAGAGGUGAGCGUGGAAGAGGAAGAGGAAGAGGAAGAGGUAGAGGCAGGGGUAGAGGUAGAGGUCAUGGCAGAGGCAGGGGUGGUGCAUCUCUAGGUGAGGCAGGCUUCAAUCCGCGUCACAACCAGUAUAUCCGUCCAAAUCCAUCAACAGCCGCCCCAACUUCUGAGGCAUGA